UACGGAGCGAUUAUAGUUUCAAGUUUGUCACGGCGCACUCACUCCGAGCCGCUUAUAUAAAUCCGUCCGACGGCGUUCGGUCUGAACCAAUCGCUGCCAUGUCGCCUGCCUAUCGUCUUCGUGUCCUCGUCGUCCUCGUUCUCUGCACCGCUGCAGAGGCGAUGACCGCCGCGUCGCCGUCGCCUCGCUUUCGCGCGGCCAACAUACUGGCCGUGGAAACGGUGCCGGGCCGGAGCCACUGGAAUUUUAUGAGCGCCGUGCUCCGGGCACUGACCGACCGUGGCCACUCGGUGGUGGCGUUCACGUCUUACCCGACGCAGACGUCGCGGUUCGCGCACGGCAAUUACACGGAAGUGGACACGUCCGGCGUGUUGCUCCAGCACGCCGGCGAACGUGCGUCCCGCGUGCUGUCCGACUACAGCCGGCUGUCGUACAUCGUGCCGUCCGUGGUCCGGUGGAGCAGGGAAUUUUGCGACGCGGUGUACGACAUGGAACAGAUCCGGGCGCUCAUGGUGAACGGCGCCGACACGGCGGCACGGUUCGACCUGCUGGUCACCGAGCCGUUGGGCUCCGAGUGUGUGGCACACCUGGCCGCCGCGGUCGGGCUGCCCAUGGUGUACGUGGUGCCGACGCCCAUGAUCACGUACAUGCAACCGUCCAUCGUCGGCCACUCGGCCAACCCGGCGUACGUGCCGCAUCUGCUCUACGGCUCGGCGGUCCGGGCGUUCCGGCACAGGUUGGCCAACACGGCCGUGUACGCUUACGGCCGGCUGGUGCGGUGGUACGCCGAGCUAACGGCCCACCGGCGGCCGUACGACGUCGGCGAGCCCGCCAAACCGUCCGUCGUGUUCGUCAACAGCCACCACGUCACCGAGCCCACCAUGUUGCUGCCGCCCAACGUCGUACACGUCGGUGGAAUACACUUGGACCGGACUAGUAGCGGCAAACUGCCGACCAAUAUCCAAGAAUUUAUUGAAAAUUCUCCACAUGGUGUUAUAUAUUUUACAUUUGGAUCAGUCGUAGCCAUGUCAAGUUUACCAGACCAUAUUCAAGAUACAUUUAAAAAUGUAUUUCGACAAAUUCCUCAACGAGUUUUGUGGAAAUUUGAAGGUGAAAUGAAAGACAAACCGGACAACGUGAUGACAGGAAACUGGUUUCCACAACAUGAUGUUCUGUUACACCCAAACGUCAAAUUGUUUAUAAGUCAUGGUGGGAUAUCUGGCGUUUACGAAGCAGUGGAUGCAGGUGUUCCGGUUUUGGGCUUUCCGCUUUACUACGAUCAACCAAGAAACUUGCAAAGUCUAGUGGAUGCGGGUAUGGCGAUCACAAUGGAAUUGUUGUCGAUCACUGAACAACGAUUUCUACAUGGCAUCAGAGAACUUUUAUACAAUACAAAUUACACAAAAAAUGCUAUAAUCACAGCGGACCGUUUCAAAGACCGUCCGAUGACGCCUCAAGAGUCGGUUGUUUAUUGGACGGAAUACGUACUUCGCCACAAAGGUGCACACCACUUAAAAUCCGAAGCCCUAAAUCUCACAUGGUAUCAAUACAUGUUAUUGGAUGUGAUUCUUGUCUUUGUCGUGUCAUUCCUGGUCAUAAUGUACUUGAUUUACAAGACGUUUAGAUAUUUUUAUUCAUUUGUCGCGAAUUACUUGAUAAGUGUCAAAGUUAAACAACAAUAGGCAUAAUAAUAUGCAGUUAAUUAAUAUCAGUUAAUAAUUCUUCAGACAAUGUUAACACGCCUAUUUAUAACCUGCCUUAGAUUACGUAGGAAAUAAUUGUCAAAAUCAAUCGUUGAUCUCUGUCUUAUACUCGUACACACGUUUUUAUAAAUUGUAUAAAUUAUGAUAUUAAGUAGGCUAUAGCUACAUUUUUUAAUGGCGUAUUUUGCACUGCGUGGUGUAUAAUGCAACUGUUUUUUGCACUUACUCAUCACUCGUUAUUAUUAUGAUUUUAAUAUUAAAUAUGUCUGGAAAAAAAAAUACAGUAGAUAGAUAAAUCAUAAAAUAUAUAAUAUACCUAUGUAGUUAGUAAAUAGAUAUAUGACACAUAUAACCACCCAGGUUUCCAAUACAAAAAUCUUAGAUACCAAUAUAAUUUAUAAUUUAUUAAUUCGGGGCUUAUCGAAAUCUUUAAUUUUAUGGUUUUACUUAAAGUAAUAAAUUAUUAAUAUUCACUUAAAUUGUAUUAUUGUAUUAAUGUAUUAUAUUAUUAGAACAAGAACAAUAUAGCCAAUAAUAGGUGCACCAUAUGACAUACAUGGAUAGAUGUUAUAAUUAAUUUAUUAGAAAUUAUCUUUACUGUGAUUCAUUACUAAUAAACAAAGUUGUUUAAGUAAUCAAAGGUAAAAAUUAUCGAUGUAUAGUUCGUAUUAAUUUAUUAGCUUAGAUAUAAUCUGUGCAUUAUAAGAUAUAUUUUUACCUUUUUGUAUCAUUAUAGUACACCACCUAUCUAUAUAAAAUAUACGUAGGUACCUUACGUAUCUUAAUAAUUGUUUAAUCAAUUUAUUUUCAUUAUUAAUUACUUAUACAGUUCUAGUAUUAAUAGUGUUAUGUAAUAGUGAUUAUAAUAUUAUGUGAUGUAAUUAUGAAGAUUUUAUUAUCAUUUUAUACUGUCUUGAUAAUAACUAUUUUUGUACUUAAUUGAUAAUAAAAUGUAUUAAAAAAUAA